AUGUAUAGAAAUAUGAUAACAGUACCAAGAGAAACUCCAAAGAAAAGUUAUCUUAAAGAGAAAAUAUCUUCUUCAAACAAAAAAGCAACAAUUGUAAUAAGUGGUGGUUGUUUCAUAGUUGUAUGUCUAAUAGUGGUGGUGGUGACUUUUGUAACAUGUAACUCUGCUGUGACAGCAGAGAAAGAGGGUUUGUUUGUCAUACCUUCAGGAAAUAUAAAGUUUAAUCCUAAUCAGAAGAGCACGUAUGAAGAGGAAAUAUCUUCUCUAAAUCAAUUUUUUAUAGACUACUACAAAGCUGAUGAUACACAGGUGAUUACAUGUCCCCUAGGAUUUGAACCAAAUGCUACACAAGUCUGUAUUUUGCCAGAGCGCUACUUAUAUUCAUGUAAUCCAGAAAAUGUUUGGAACUACAACACAACAUCUCCUUGCAUUAUAUUGUCUUACAAUGGGAAAACAACAACAACUAAAUUUGAUCCUUACGAUGACAUUAAGGAAUUACCCAGCCAGAUGCCCAAUCUACUUAAAGACCUAAUUAAAGAAGAAAGGUACUUCUAUAAUGAUACCAUGCCAGGGGUUGUAUGGGUGUCUUGCACAUUCGGUAGCACAUGGUACUCCUACUACGGUCCUGGUUUCCCCAAAUUCUUCUUCUUCAAUACAAACCUACCAGGCUAUCGGAAACCUAUAGUUGCAUUGAAUCUGUUUCUUUGCAAUGAAAUUAACACCACAGUUGAAAUUACUUGCAAUAUGUGGGCCAAGGGUAUUGACAACGAGAAAAACCCUGAAACAUCAGUCAAAUUCACUGUAACCGUAGAAAAACAUUGA